GUAAUCGUAAAUACUCUCGUAAACUCGUAAUUUCAAUAAAAUCAAUGAAUGGGAAAUCAACCAAAAAUUUCUAUUUAGCCCCAGUUAUUACACAGAGAUAAACAAACGUGAAUUUGAACACCAUCUUUAUAUUUUCUACUUCAUAGAUAUGUAACUAAAUCUGAGGUUUAGUCUGAAACAAUGAAUCACACAGUGUUUAUAUCUUCCUUAGUUUUCUGUUGUUUUAUUGUGACUGGAACAUGUUCUAUAAGUCACAACCUGAAAUACUACGAGACUAUGCACGCAUCGAGUCUGCGGCACCACGUCGUGAAGCGCGGAGCGAAGCCCUCGAACCAUCUUUUCAACACUAUAAAGGAACUACACUUCCGGACACUGGGAAAGGAUUUCAGGCUAAUAUUGCAUCCUCGCACAUCUGUGUUGCAUUCUAAUUUCAAAGCUUAUGCUGUUGAUGGGGACGGAAAAGAAACUACUGUACAUGUUGAUAGAGACAACUUUUACACUGGCAGAGUGUUCGGAGAAAAGUCAUCUGAAGUGAAGCUACAUAUGGAAGAUGGACUUAUCACUGGCAUUAUCCACACGCCUGAUGAGACCUAUCAUAUUGAGCCAUCAUGGCGUCACCUGCCAGACCUGGACGACAAGACGAUGAUAACCUACAAAGCUUCUGAUAUCCGGUUCAGCUGGGCUAACUCUGACGAUGCCAACAAACCCAGAGUCUGUGGAUAUAUUAAAGAAGGGAAAGAACUAGAAGAAGACGACGAAAACGACCAACUAGAGAACAAGCACGCACAGUCAGAGCGAGACAAAUACCUCGACAACAUCGAGGUGGACCACGAGUCGCCCCACAAGCCGGACUCCACGAGCGACAGGGACGCACAUAGGCGCGUGAAGAGACAGAGCGACUACGAGUACACGCCGACUAAAACCCGCUGUCCGCUGCUGCUUGUGGCCGAUUAUAGGUUCUUUCAAGAAAUGGGAGCGAGUAAUACUAAGACUACUAUUAGCUAUUUGAUAAGCCUUAUCGACCGUGUCCACAAAAUCUACAAUGACACAGUAUGGCAGGAUCGUCAGGACAUGGACGGGUUCAAAGGCAUGGGGUUCGUGAUCAAGAAGAUCUUAGUUCAUUCAGAGCCGACUCGCGUCCGCGGCGGCGAAGCGCACUACAACAUGGUUCGAGAGAAGUGGGACGUGCGGAACUUACUUGAGGUAUUCAGCCGCGAGUACUCUCACAAAGACUUCUGCCUAGCUCACUUAUUCACGGACCUGAAGUUCGAAGGCGGAAUACUGGGUCUGGCUUAUGUGGGGUCCCCUCGGCGCAACUCAGUCGGCGGCAUCUGCACGCCAGAAUACUUCAAGAACGGCUACACACUAUACCUAAACUCCGGUCUAUCAUCAUCACGGAAUCAUUACGGUCAACGCGUGAUCACUCGAGAAGCAGACUUAGUGACCGCUCACGAGUUCGGUCACAACUGGGGCUCGGAGCAUGACCCUGAUGUUGCUGAGUGUUCUCCUGCGGCUAGUCAAGGAGGAUCGUAUCUGAUGUACACUUAUAGUGUCAGCGGAUAUGAUGUUAACAAUAAGCGUUUUUCGCCGUGCAGCCUGCGCUCGAUCCGCAAGGUGCUGCAGGCCAAGUCCGGGCGCUGCUUCAGCGAGCCCGAGGAGAGCUUCUGCGGGAACCUGCGCGUCGAGGGCGGCGAGGAGUGCGACGCGGGGCUGCUCGGGACGGAGGAUAACGACAUGUGCUGCGAUAAGAAUUGUAGACUAAGGAAAAACCAAGGAGCUGUGUGCAGCGACAAGAAUUCUCCGUGUUGCUCGGGCUGCGUGUUCGCUCCGCCUGGUGUAGUGUGUCGCGAGGCCGCGCACUCGGCCUGCGAGGGCGAAGCCACCUGCAACGGCGCCACGGCCGAUUGUCCCAAGGCGCCAGCGAUAGCGGACGAGCACGAGUGCGCGGAGCGCGGCCGCUGCCGCAACGGCUCCUGCGUGCCGUAUUGCGAGACGCAGGGCAUGCACAGUUGCAUGUGCGAUAUAGUGGCGGACGCGUGUAAACGUUGUUGUCGCAAGAGCCUGAACAAGACGUGUUUCCCCGUCGCUCACAAUGAUAUCCUGCCCGACGGCACGCCCUGCAUACAGGGCUUCUGUAAUAAGGGCAUCUGCGAGAAAACUAUCCAGGACGUGGUGGAGCGUUUCUGGGACAUCAUCGAGGACAUCAACAUCAACACUGUCCUAGGCUUUCUUCGUGAUAACAUUGUAGGCGUGGUGGUACUUGUCACGGCUUUUAUAUGGAUCCCUGCUAGUUGUGUGAUCAGCUACGUGGACCGGCGGCGGCAGAGGCAGCACCAGAAGUAUGUGGAGUGGGAGCGGCAACACGACCUUGUGCACCCCUCGUCCCCUCGCAAGAUCAUACACACAAGAUUGCCAAAGCAGAAGCCGCCGGGCAUGAAAAGUGCCAUUCAAGGCACCAGCCAACUUUAAACCUCUAUAGUCUUUAAAUAUUUUAAUAAGUACAAUAGAUAAUUAAAUUACGUAUUAAGUAAAA